ACUUCAUCUAUCUAUGACAAUUGUGUUACAAUGAAUCUCUAAAUCUCCCGCCAAUUUGGGCAUUCCAUUUCCCUCCAAAAAUUCCAGCGGCGGCGAUUUAUAUAUAAUCGACGAACUCAGUUGUUGGUUUUUCAUUUGGGAUCCAUCUUCAACUUCAAUAGUGACUGUAAUCGGCCAUCGUUAUUCCGUUCGGUCGUUGAUGAGUGAUCCCCGAAUUAGGGUUAAGAUCGAUCAAUUUGGGGAAUCAAUUACAGAGCUGCGUUCCGGUUUCUGGCGAUGAGUGCCGUCAACAUCACUAACGUCACCGUCUUGGAUAACCCUGCCGCAUUUCUGAAUCCAUUUCAGUUCGAGAUCUCAUAUGAGUGCUUAACUCCGCUUAAAGACGAUCUAGAAUGGAAACUCACCUAUGUCGGAUCUGCCGAGGAUGAAACCUAUGAUCAGCUUUUGGAGAGUGUGCUCGUUGGACCUGUUAACGUAGGCAAUUACCGUUUUGUUCUUCAGGCAGACCCUCCGGAUCCGUCAAAAAUCCGGGAAGAAGACAUCACGGGGGUCACAGUACUGUUGUUAACAUGUUCAUACAUGGGACAAGAAUUUAUAAGAGUAGGAUAUUAUGUGAACAACGAUUAUGAUGAUGAACAGCUUCGAGAGGAACCUCCACCAAAAGUUUUGGUGGAAAGGAUCCAAAGAAACAUUCUUGCUGACAAGCCCAGAGUCACAAAGUUCCCAAUCAAUUUUCAUCCGGAGAACUCUGAACAUGGUGGAGAGCAAAAUUCGUCUCCACCAGCUGAAGCUAUCAACAACGAAGAAGAAGAAGAAGAAUUGCAGGCAUCGCCAUUGCCAUCGCCAUCGCCAUCACCACCACCAUCAGCUGCAUCUGAUGAACCAUCUCUGGAGCAGGAUGCCGUUGAUACUGAAGCUCAGCCCUCAGUCACGGCAAACUAAGGUUUGAGAGGUGAUCCAUAUUUGGUAACUUUUGCUCUUGUUUGUAAUCUAAAGCAGUGAGGUAGAUAAUGUUAAUCAGACCAGUUUGGGAAUGUGCAUUAGAUUAUAAGAAUUUAGAGAGUUUGAUUUCAUAUUUUAUUCAAGUGAAAAUUGUGAUAAUUCCAAAUUAAUUUUGGUUAUUUUA